AAAAGAGAAGUUGAGAAAAAAAAAGGUCUUGUGUUUCCCCAUUAGGAGUAGGAAACCACACCUCCCUUCGCUCUUAUGGGUAUUUUUUUUGGGGUUCAGUGGUGGAGAUCUGAAAAAAGUGGUAGUUUGAGCGCUGGGUGGGUGGGAUUUCCAGAUUUCAGUCAUAAAGCAUAAAGGUACCUCUUUUAUCUCAAGAACUUCGAUUAGAUUGGCGCGUGUUUUGGAUUUCUGGUUUUUGUGGCUAUGGCGUUUCUUGGGGAAAUUUUGUGGAUAAGAGGAAGAGGGCUUUUGCUUCUGGUGCGUUUCUUCAAACUCUCGUCUUUUUUGCUUCCUUCCUGUGCUUUGGAUUUCUGGAAAAGUUGUGAGUUAAGUGUUGCUUUGAAAGAAUUUGGGACUUUAGGAAAGUGGGAGAAGAAGGGUUCGCCCCCUAAUUUGCUUAUUGGGAGGAGUUUGUGGGUUAUAUCGCUGGCUAAAACCACUGAUUCUUAGCUCUGAAGCUGGGUAACAGCGAGAUGAAUUAAGGGUUUCGAUUGUUCACAUCAAUUCUUUUUCUUGUUCUUCUCUAUAUGGAAACGUAUAUUUUUUAGUCCCAGUUUCUGGGCUGAGAUGCUUGGCAUGGGUAAAGUUAUGAACUCGGAAGUUUGUUAAAUAGAAGAGGGAAAGGAAGGGAAGUUCUUUUAUCUGAGAUCUCUUUAACUGUGGAGAUGGAGAAACAGCAAAGCGUUCAUCAUGGGGCGUUGGAGAAAUUGCAGAGCUUUCGUCUAGAAGCUAUGGAGAAACAAAAGAGCUUUCGGAUGGGGUCCAUGGAGAAACAAAAGAGCUUCCGGUUGGGGUCCAUGGAUAAACAGCAGAGCUUCAAGGAGAGGAGGUACCGGGAUAGCCCUGGGAAGCGAGGUGAUACGCCAUUGCAUCUAGCUUCUAGAGCUGGCAACGUGGUGCAUGUUCAGAGGAUACUUUCUGAUUGCAACGAGAGCCAUUUAAAAGAUUUGAUUUCUAAGCAGAACCAGGAUGGAGAGACGAUGUUGUAUGUUGCUGCAGAGAAGGGGCAUGUUGAGGUUGUUCGCGAGAUAUUGAAGGUUUCAGACUUUCAGUCAGCUAGUACCAUGGCUAAUAACAGCUUUGAUGCAUUUCAUAUCGCUGCUAAGCAGGGCCACCUUGAAAUUUUGAAAGAGUUGUUGCAGUCUUUUCCCGCACUCGCUAUGACUACAAAUUUAUUGAAUUCUACAGCCUUGGACACUGCCGCCACUCAAGGCCAUCUUGAUGUUGUCAAUCUUCUGCUAGAAACAGAUGCUAACCUCACCAAGAUAGCACGAAAUAAUGGAAAAACUGUUCUGCAUUCAGCAGCUAGAAUGGGCCAUGUAGAAGUGGUAAAAUCCCUUUUAAAUAAGGACCCCAGUGUUGGUUUGAGGACAGAUAAGAAGGGGCAGACAGCAUUUCACAUGGCUGUGAAAGGCCAAAAUGUUGACAUAGUACAAGAACUGCUGAAGCCUGAUAUUUCAAUAAUUCAUUUGGAGGAUAACAAGGGGAACAGACCAUUGCAUAUUGCAACUAGGAAGGGCAAUCUUGGGAUAGUGCAGGCCUUAUUAUCAGUUGAGGGGAUUGAUGUCAAUGCAAUCAAUAGAGCUGGCGAGACUGCUCUUGGCAUUGCAGAGAAAUGCUGUAAUGAACAGAUAUCUGCGAUUCUAAGAGAGUUUGGUGCUGUGACCUCAAAGGAACAAGCAAAUCCACUGAACCCCGCAAAGCAACUAAAGCAAACUGUCAGUGACAUAAAACAUGAUGUCCAAUCUCAACUCCGACAAACCCAUCAGACUGAAAUGAGGGUUCAGAAGAUCAAGAAGAGACUUCAGAAGCUACACAUUGGAGGUCUCAACAAUGCCAUAAAUUCCAACACUGUGGUUGCGGUUCUUAUUGCCACUGUGGCCUUUGCAGCCAUAUUCACCGUGCCUGGCCAGUUUGUUGAUACUUCCACAAAAGGAUACACCCUUGGACAAGCUUACGUGGCAAAGAAAGCAGCAUUCAUCAUCUUUUUGGUCUUCGACUCAUUGGCCCUCUUCAUCUCUCUUGCAGUGGUUGUUGUUCAGACUUCAUUAAUAGUUGUCGAGCAGAAGGCCAAGAAAAUGAUGGUGUUUGUGAUGAACAAGCUGAUGUGGCUAGCAUGUCUCUUUAUAUCAGCUUCCUUCAUCUCACUGACAUAUGUUGUGGUGGGCCACGACUGGUGGCUUGCCUGGUCCACCAUGGCAAUUGGUGCCUCUAUCAUGCUGACCACCCUGGGGUCUAUGUGCUACUUCAUCAUUGUUCACCGGUUCGAAGAAAAAACCUUGAGGAACAUAAGGAGGGCCUCUGCGAGUAGGUCACACUCAUGGUCUCUGUCUGUGGCGUCAGACUCGGAGAUAUUGAAUAGUGAAUAUAAGAAGCUUUAUGCAAUUUAGAAUGGAUUAGUUCAUAUAUUACGGUGUCUGCACUUCAGGAGCUCUGUCAGAGUCUCCAUCAAGUUUUCUACACCCUUGUAUAUAUGAUGCACAACCCUGAAAGAUUCAUCAUAGGCAUUUUACCAGGGUGUUGGCUAGAAUGGAUUCAGGCCUUAACACACAACCUUCGUUAGUUUGAAGCUCACUGUUGCUUGGUGAAAUAAAGGACGUAUCUUCCAAAGUUAUAACAUGAGUUGAAAUUAAUAUUCAAGAAGGUUACUUGGUUGGUGUUAUGGAAGAAAUCCAUUCAAUAUCACCCAGAACUUUUGGCCUUUGUGCUGCUUAAAUGUAAUAUAUUUUCGACAGUGGAGCUCUUGGGCUAAAAUUACACCUUUUUCUUGCCUUGAUAAGUUUUCCAGUGUUAUAGGUGAGCAGCACAUAUCAUACUUCUAAAGAUCUCUGUUUGUACAUGAGCUAGAGCUCCAGCCUGCAACUGGUUUUGGUGGA